AUGUUAAGUUUCGAUUGUUCAUUACCUCGUAUUUGCUGUGGCCCAGAUACUGAUCGUUACUGUUGUAUUCCAUCUUCAACAUUGCAUUUAUCGUCUUCAUCAUCAUCAUCUUCAACUCCAUAUCAAUCAUUUGAUGAUUUAGAUUCUUAUACAAUUCGUACUGCAAAUGAUUUAUUUAGUGAAAAAUGGUUUUUUAUACAAACAUGUACUAUUGGUAUAUUUCUUGCUAUUAUUUUACUUCUUUUUGUCAUUAUUUAUCUAUGUUUAACAUCAAUACGUUAUAAUAAACGUCAAAAGGAAAUGUCUAUUAUUGAAGUACCUUUACCACCUAGAUCUUCAGUUUCAAUUGAUGCAAAACGAUCUGUAUCAAAUCGUAUAUCAACAAUUAGUAGUACAUCAAGUGAUGCUAAAUCUCGAUGUACAGAUAUAUCAGUGGUAUUAAAUACUCCACUUAAUCUUUAUCCAACAACAAAUAGUCGUACAUCAACAACAUCAUCUUAUUAUAUAUAUCCAAAUGAAUUUGAAUAUCUUUGCAAAUAG